AUGCUUCUUAUCUUGAUUUUCGCUGAAGUCUUGGGUUUGUACGGUUUGAUUGUUGCUUUGUUGUUGAACUCCAGAGCUUCUCAAGACGUCACCUGUUAA